UUGCGGCAGCGUAUAGCGUGCGCGCUCCCGACCGCGGCUCCGGCCCUGUCAGCCCCAGUCACGGCGGCGCGUGCUCAGUACAGAAUGGCGGCUCUUUUGGAAUCGCUGCUACAAAAGAAGGUGGAGGCGGAGGAGGCCGUGCGGUGGCUCAGGCACGGUCAGCAGGGUGAAGAACUCUCCCGGUGUAAGGCCCUGGUGAUAGAAAGGCUGCAGAGACAAGAGUUUGUACCGUUUCUUUUGAACUUCCUGAGGGAGCAGAGCAGUCAUGCCCUGGCCAAUGGGCCAGCCACCCCUGCAAAGAUGCCAGGCUCCUGCCCCAUUCGUACCCAAGGUUUCUCCAGUGAGCGUAGGGGAUGCAAGAUUGGCACCGGCUCUGGACUCCGUAGUACCAGCCGGGUACAGCUGUUUUCUCCAACUCCCUCGCUUUCCCCCGGGAGUGGCACCGAGGGGGAUAAUCCACAGGGGGCCCUUAGUGGCAUCAGUGCCAUGAGCAGUCCAUCCUUCAGCUCGGGAUGGAGUCCUGGCCCCAGAGCGCCCCCUUCAGAGCGCCGCUCAGAGCAACGGCCCAGCCUGGGCGACUUUAUGCUGUCGCCGCCAGAGGUGCAGGGUCACAUGUCACAGCGGCGUGGACGGCGGAGAAGCAGCGGGACAGUGGCCCACCAGGGGCGGCAGUCGGGGGGGCGUGGCUGGUCUGAUGAUGCGGGGAGGAGGAGUGCUGGCGGGGCGGGGGGCAAGAUGAACACCUCGUUGUCGCCUACGAUUGUCCAGUUGAACUUCAACAACCUGGAGGAUUUCCCGCCGGUUGGAGCAUCUACUCCCUCGCCAGUGUUAAUCAAACCAUCUCGCCGCAUCAAUCCCACCCCAGUCAGCGGAGAGCGUCCGCUCUCCAAGCCCAAGAACUGCUUCACCUCCACCCCCUUCAGAGAGCCGUCCAUCCCUGCCACCGUCCCGGGGGGAGCAGAGGCAGCGACGCAGGUUGCUGGGGGGCUACACAGCCUGGAGGAAGAACGGGAGCUGCUCAGGAGAGAGAAAUCUAAAAUCGCUCAGCAGGCCUGCUCCCCUGUCAAGUCAGCCCCAGAUCCCUGUACCCCCACUAAACCAGGGGUCAAGCCCAGGGCAUCCCCUGAUGUGCAGGUCACACCUGAUCCCUCCAAGGUGACCUUCAUGCCUGAGCUUGACCUGCUGGCCCAGCUGUACUGCGUCUGCAUUUCAGAGAAUUUGGUGCCUAAUGUAUUCCUGGAGCUGUUCUUCCUCCUCCAGCUGCUAACCUCACGGACUCAGCCCGUCGCUGAGACGGAAGAGGAGGGUCCCCAAGCGACAGGUGCCUGUACAGAUGUGCUUGAGAUCCGCUACCUUGGAAGUCUGCACAAUUGUGUCUACUUUGCUGUGAAGGUACUGGAGAACCAGUUUGAGCUUGUGUGUCACCUGGACAAGGGCACCCUGCGGCUGCUGGCAGAGAACGAAAGGCUGGGCUCCUUCUCCCCCAGCCUGCGUGAGCGGCUGACGCAGGCCCAGGAGACCCGCAGAGCCAAGGCGGCUCCCACACUUCCUCCAUUCAUGCAGUCAGUGUCCUUCCAGCCAGCGACAGAUAAUCGCUCCAACUUCAGCAGCGAUAAGGCCUUCCACACCUUCAAGAAGCAGAGGGACGUAUUCUACGAGCUGCUGCGGGAGUGGGAGGAUAAUCACCAGGAACCAGGCUGGGAGUUUGAGCGAGUGCUCGGCAGGAAAGUCAGGGAGAUGGUCAGCCAGAUGUCUGUGGCAGGGAAUCAUUCUCAUUUUGCCCGGCUCUUCCAAAAGCAGCUGGUUCAGAUGUGCAAGGCCCAGCAGGUGACGGGAUCCCCGGGGGACGCCCCUGGCCCCGACCUCCUGGGCAUCCUUGGAGCGGACAGCCUUGGCCGCCUGAAGCGCUUGCAGGAGCGCCUCAUCCAGCCCCAGGGGCUCACCGGACCCUGUCCCCCACCUUCCUUUCCUGGCCACCAAGAAUUCUUCCGGGACUUCCUGCGGACAGCUGGCAGCUGCCAGCUUAACCAGCACCUGACAGACAGCCUGUGUCAGCAGCUGCUUCAGUUGGAUGAAGUUGCCAUCCUGGAUCUGGGUGGAACGGAAGAGGAGGGGGAAGGUGAAGGAGACAUGGAGCAGCAGGACGAGAAGCAGAGGUUUUCCUCUGUUCUCCUUACUGCCCGACUCUUGGCCAAGUUCCUUGGCUUCAUCACCUUCCUACCUUAUCAGACUACUGAGCCUCCAGCAAGAGAGGUCCAGGAGGCUGCCAUAGCCCUGCGCAACAAUAGGUGUCCAGUGCUGGAUGUCUGCGCAGUGCUGCGCAGGUCUGUGCGCAGCCGACGCCUGGUGCUAACGGUUCCGUGGCUGGUGGAGUUCCUGUCCAUGCUGGACUUCUGUGGACCUUUCCUGCAGUGCUACAGGACUGUGCUGGGCAUGUUGCUGCAUAUCUACAGGCGACAGGCAUUGGCGCAGCGAGGAAACAUGUGUUACCUGAAUCAGCUACUGCUUGUGGCUGUCCUGGGCUGGCUCUUCCAGAUUCCAGUGUUCCCAGAGGACCUGUUUUUCCGCAGUGACUUUGAGGUGGUGAUGGAGGAUGGCGCCACUGCUCAGGGACUGGAUGGUCUUCCUUUAGUGGACCAGCAGAUCCUCUACACCUGCUGCCCCUAUCUUAGCGAGUUUCGCAAACUUCUGGCUGCUUUUGUGGCCGGAAGCAUGGCCAAGAGCGGGGGCCUGAUCCGAAAAAUCACCCCCACCUCUGCAGAGCCUCGGGGGCCCCCAGCCGUGCGUUCGCAGCAGAAGCUACAGGCAGAGCUCGAGCAGGCCUUCUUCCACAACCAGCCCCCGUCUCUCCGCCGGACUGUGCAGUUCGUAGCCGAGAGAGUGGGAUCCAACUGUGUCAAGCACAUCAAAGCCACACUGGUUCUGGAGCUGGUCCAAAGCGGGGAGAAGAUGCUGAGGGAGAAGCUGGGGGCCGGUGACGCCGCUGCGGCGGCUGCACUGAAGCUGAGCGACGCUGUGUGUGCGCAGCUGUGCGACGCGGGGAUGCAGGCGCUAGAACGUGCCACCAGGUUUUGCAGUGACAAAGGUCCGGAAGCGAUCCGGAUCCUUCUGCCCGAAGACACCUCCCCUGCAGUUCUCGCCACGUCGGAGCACGUCACAGUACGCCUGGCCACUGAGAAGGCCUGCAGCUGGCUGUCCAGCAACAUAGCAGCCUUAAUCAAGCGAGAGUGGAAGAGCGCGUUCCAGCGGAUCAUGAAGGCCCAGCCGUCUUCGCCUACAGCACAGGGUGAAGCAGCUGUGGUCUGGGAACAGCCACCUUUUCAUGGAGCAGAUACCAAAAAGCACAUGGCUUCUCACUGCCCUGUCGGCUGUACUCACAAAGCCUCUCUUCCAUCAGAUAUUAUCAUUGAGAUGAAGGAAGCCCUGAGCAUCGCUGUGGGCCCUAGGUACGAGGGAGAGCAUCUGAGCCACCAAGCGCUCCAGGACCUGCUGCAGAGGGUCGGCAAGACCCUGAGCUGCAGGGAGUUCCUGACCCCAGUGUCCGAACAAAUGAUUCUGCACUGUAGCGUCCUGCUGGCCUGCAAGCUGGUGUCUGGCGAGUUGCCCUUAAGCGCCCGGCUGACAGUACCUGAGCCUGAUGAGACCAGUGAGCAGAGUCUCAGUCCUGUCUGUGCCUUGCUGCAGCAGUUAGUUGACCUGUGGAGACGAGAUCCAUGUCCCCCGACCCCCUGUCACACUCUGUUCACAGAGACCGUAAUUACCAAAGUCUUGAGUGCCGGAGAAACAAACUGGCAUGCCUUCAAGUUCCUUGCUAGGCGGUUGCUGGAGAGCCGGUUGUUGAGUGAAGAAACACUGUCCCGUUGGGAGAAGCUGUCAAAACUACCAUGGCCAUCUGACUCUAUGAAGAAGAUUGAAGAAUUGGCCUCAGUUCUUUCUGUCCUGUCACUGCAGAGCCGCCAAGACACAAUGCACUGCCCUGAGUAGCCAGCAGAUGGCGCUACCUACCAGAGUUCAAGGGAUGCUGCAGUUCCUUUAUUAGUCGAUGCAUAGCGCUAUUGUCCGUCCACGCAUUUUCCACUGAGAGCACCUUUCACAUAUCAUCCAUAAAUACUAUGUUGCAGGUAAAUAUCACAGGCAUUUUCAAUCCUAUAUCCUUUUCCUCAUUUACUUGAGAUUAGGUUGAGGAUCUUUGUGUGGAAGCUUUAUCCAGAUGAAACUUAUUUUCCAGGAGACUGAAUGAUCGCACUGGUUUUAUUAUGAUAUAUACACAACGUUUAGCUUUUGGAUUCCUGAUGGAGUGUGCCUUGUAACAAAUACCCUCCCCGAAUCAUAAUACAACGCUGUUGAAAAAUAAUGACCUUUACCUUUGCAUCGACCUGCUGAUCUUUCUGCUGCCUGUGUUUUUCUGUUUGUCUGUUUUUCAUGAAUGCAAUUUGAAUGCAUUUGUGAUGGGCUUUUAUAGUUCAUAUUGGACUUUGUAAAUUGUACCGAUUUUAAACUGUUAAAUGUUGAUUAUGUACAAUAAAUAUAAUAAAGACAUUUUAGAAUUCUGAA